UGUCAAUGACAAGCGAAGACCCAUUACGUGUUCAGAAGGAAGUAAAAUUGUAAACUAAAACAAUUAAAAAUACCUGGAGAGAAAAAAACAACAAUGCUAAGUUUGAAAUUAAUGUUAUCAAGAUGAAAUAAAUCACUGGACUUAGUAUCUUUGCAAUCUGCAACCUUUUUAAUAUUAAAUUAAACACUGAUAGAACUUCGUUGGGACAGGAUAUCACAUGAUAGAAUUUAUUUGACCUAUAUAAACAAGCCACCUUCUUGUAUGCAACUUGAAAAACACUAAAAAUGGCAGAAUAUAGCAGAUCAGUGAUAGCAGCCUCUGAUGAACUGAAGGAUAUUUACUGUGAACCUUGUGUGAAUGAUGGUAAACAAAUUGAAGCUGAAGGAUUUUGUGUGGACUGUUCCGAGUACCUGUGUGGACAGUGUUAUAAGAACCACACAAGGUAUAAAGCCUUCAGACAUCAUGUGCUUCAAGAUAAGGAUAAAAUGCCUGUAGAUACAAGAAAAGCUGGUGCCAGAGAUGUUUGCCAAGAAAAGUGUAGCAUUCACCCGACAAAGAUUAUAGAAUAUUUCUGUAAGUCAUGCAACAAGCUUGGUUGCCAUGCUUGCAUCACUGUCAAUCAUCGUCAGUGUCAAAAUGUUGACCACAUACCUAACAUUGCCACUGACCUAGAACAAAGUGAAGAAUUUAAAGAAUUUACAAACAAGCUCGACAACAUGCUAGAAUCAAUUAAUGGAAGAAAGAAAAAACUGAGUUCAAAUAUAACUGAAACAGAUGAAAUGAAAAGCAAGGCAAGGGCAGACCUGAAAAAGCAGCGUGAUGAAAUAAACAAAUUCUUUGAUCACCUUGAGGCAGAAAUGGAAAGAAGAAUUGAAGAUAUUGAUAAAAGAAACAAGAAAAUUUUGAAAACUGCCACAUUUGCAUUGGACUCCAUUGGUGAUGAUCUUAAACAAGUCAAAACUACUAUUCACACAAAACAGAAAAAUGGGCAAAACUGUGAAUUAUUUAUAGCUGUCAAAAACUAUAAACAAAAAAUGGAGACUGUUAACAAAGAAUUUGAAAAAUUAGAUGGUGGAAACAAAAUUCAAAGAUAUGCCUUGACAACUUCAACUCAAAUUAAGGAAGUGUUAAAGAACACAACUGAAAUAUGUAGACUGACAACUGCAAAAUUUGUGUCAGAGAUUGAUAUAAAUACUGACAAUGACAAUAAUGACAUGAUAAGUGCCCGGGGACUUGCAGUGGUACAAAACCACUACCUUGCUGUACUUAACCAUACAAACAAAUCAGUAAAAGUGGUAGAUGUAAGGAAUAUGAAAGUAACAAAUGAAAUGAACAUGAAAUGUGACCUUGUUCAAAGUAUAACUAAUGUGAAUAAUAAUCAAAUUGCAGUGACAAUAACACAUAACUUUCAAAACAAAAUCCAGUUUCUGUCAGUGUCAAUGUCUGGUUCCCUCAGUAAAGGUCAUCAGAUUGCUAUUGAUAUAUUCUGCAAAGAUUUAGCUUAUAGCAGAGGAAGUUUCUUUAUGUUACACUGGGGAAAAGUUAGAAUCACUGACAUGCAAGGAAAGACUCUGAAAAUAAUCAACACUGAGGGUUUUGCUGAUAGUAUAGCAGUAAGUCCAAACAAUGAAACUAUCUAUCUGGCAAGUUACGGUAAAAACACUGUUACAAGUAUGACCCUAGAUGGCAAAGUCAAGGCCAUCUACAAGGACAAAAGCCUGAAAUCACCAGAUGAUACAACAAUAGACAGUGAAGGUUUGGUAUAUGUUAAAAGUUUGGACAGUAUCCAUCAGCUAACAGAGGACUGUAACAAGAUUCAAAUACUUUUGAAGGAUGUGUAUGCUUCAGCAAUCACCUACUCAAAUACGGACAACCGACUAUAUAUAGGACUAGGUAGUGAAAUAGAAGUGUAUCAAAUAGAAUAGCAAAAUGAAAUAUUAAACAGUGAAAAUCACUAGGACACACCUUGUUCUCUGAGAUAAGAGUGGAAAUAGGACCAUGAUCCAUACAAUGUAACACAGGCUUGUGGUUCUUUUUAUACCAGUUCUAUAAUACUAAAUGAUGAUCAAUAUGACUUUGUGUACCAAGUUUCAAGACAACAAGAAUGCCUAAACACAGAACUAAACACUGAAGAAAUUAAAAAUUCAUUAGCAAACUAUUUAAAAAAAAAUCUGAAGACAUGACUUUCUUUAUCUAAGAUUUUCCUGCUGUAUAUGGAUUACCUAGUAAAUUGCAAGACUCA